UCGUUGUUUUUAGACACUAGAAAUAAUGCCUGAACCAGCGAAAUCUGCCCCUGCCCCAAAGAAGGGCUCCAAGAAGGCUGUAACAAAGGCGCAGAAGAAGGAUGGCAAGAAGCGCAAGCGCAGCCGCAAGGAGAGCUACUCCGUCUACGUCUACAAGGUGCUGAAGCAGGUCCACCCCGACACCGGCAUCUCGUCCAAGGCGAUGGGCAUCAUGAACUCCUUCGUGAACGACAUCUUCGAGCGCAUCGCCGGCGAGGCUUCCCGCCUGGCGCACUACAACAAGCGCUCGACCAUCACCUCCAGGGAGAUCCAGACUGCCGUGCGCCUGCUGCUGCCUGGAGAGCUGGCCAAGCACGCCGUGUCGGAGGGCACCAAGGCCGUCACCAAGUACACUAGCUCUAAGUAAAUUGGUUACUUAAGUGCUAAGGCAAAGAAGAAAAAAAAAGGUUCUUUUAAGAGCCGCCCAUAUUUUCUCCUAAAGUCCUGUAACAAUAUUGUAAAAAUAGUUCAUCUUAAGGCUUUUGAGAUAGUUAAAUUUUGAUCAGCUUUAUGGACCUUUUCGGUAUAUAUUGAAGAGAAACUAUCCCAGAACUUGGUUUGAAUUUUGCUUCACUUAGGAACCGGAUGGUACCAUGCAUAAGGACUCAGAUCCAAACCCCCAGCCCCCACUUGCAGGCAUAAGUUUCACAAGCCGUCUACAGGCGUCUCUCUAUCCCCCUACCGUCUCAAUUUCUGACUGCUUCUAAAAAACUUGACUUACUUUAUGUUCCCUUUGUGAGUAGGAACUGAAAGUAAAUUCUGAAUUUAAGCAAGACACUGAGACACGGACGGGACAGCAUGGCAGGAAAUGAGAAAAUUUUCAGUUAGGCAAUUUUUUUAAUCCUGGGGAAUGAGAUAUGGACCUUACAUGUCAGUCUUCAACCUCAGUCUCCCACAUUUAUGUUACUGGUUUGGUUUGGUUUUCCUCUUGAGUAGUUGUUUAUAUAAUAUAAUAAUAAACUGAGAAUUAAACCAAGAAAGUUAACUGUUAACAUUGGUGUGUUCUGAUUUGACGUACUAGCCAUUUCAUGCUACAAUUAUUUCCUAUGGGAUGGAGUCUGCCUUUCUAUAGGUAAAUAACCUGAGAAAUUAAAAAUUAGUAGCUAGUUUCUUAAACACUAAAAGCAAGGACUACUUAAGUAUCCCAAAAUUAGGGCCCAAGACUUGCAAAAGCCUCAAUCCUUGGCACCACU